CUCAGACCACACCCUUUAAAAGUUGUUUAACGUCCUUGUGUAACGUUACUUAACAUCAUCUAAACAGUUAAACGGUUUGCGGUGUGUCUUUGAAAACACAUUAAUUGGAUAUUUUAGGUUUACAAUGGCAUCUAGUUACAGAAAAUCAAGUGCAACCGCAAACCAGCGGAAGAAAGCGAGUCCCAAAUCAGACUUGUCAGAGGAGCAGAAGCAGGAGAUCAGAGAGGCGUUUGAUCUGUUUGACACCGAUGGUUCAGGAACUAUUGAUGUUAAAGAGCUGAAGGUGGCUAUGAGAGCUCUUGGGUUUGAGCCAAAGAAAGAGGAAAUCAAGAAAAUGAUUGCUGACAUUGAUAAAGAAGGCUCAGGCACUAUCGACUUCACUGACUUUCUCUCCAUGAUGACACAAAAAAUGAGUGAGAAAGACUCAAAGGAAGAAAUCCUAAAAGCCUUCAGAUUGUUUGAUGAUGAUGGAACAGGCAAAAUUUCAUUUAAAAAUCUCAAACGAGUAGCAAAGGAGCUUGGAGAAAACCUGACAGAUGAGGAAUUGCAGGAAAUGAUCGAUGAGGCAGACAGAGACGGAGACGGGGAAAUCAACGAACAGGAGUUCUUACGAAUAAUGAAGAAGACCAACCUGUACUGAAUUCAGUUCAGUUUUUUACCUUCUUGCAUGUAUUGUUUUCUUGUUUUGAUCAUCUUUUGGUUUAUCGUCCUUAUUAAAUUCAACAUAUUUUUAUGAAUUUGGUAGUAAAUAAUUUAAACUUGAUUUCUUUGUAACAGUUUUGUACAGUAAUUGAAUAUAUAAACAUUUUCUACAAAA